AUGACUAACACAGGCAUGCUUACGAAGCACAGUGAUUGGUUUAACUCGCCAAAGAUAGUUCAUGAUGUGACCUUAUCACAUUCAUCUCUACCUUUCAAAGGUGUUGUCCAAAUUAGCACUGACAGUGGAACAAUGGAUGUUUGCUGGAAGAGUUUAAAGAAGUACCCAGAUGCGCGUAUCCUAUGUCGUAGUCUUGGUUACGACGAGCUAAAUUCAUUUGUUAAUUUGUCUGUCCCAGCAGAUUCCAAAGAUGCUGUUUUUUCAGGAACAUUUACCUGUAGUGAUCAAGAAAAAUCUUUAUCCCAGUGUUUGAUUGUUGCUUCCAACCAGACCUGUUCCGAACUAACAUACAUCGAAUGUAGUUUUCAUGAUUAUCAUAUCUUCUGGGAGAACUUCAGUCCAUUGUUAGCUACAGAUAAAAAAAGAUUUCCUGAUUCAUCAUUUUCUGCCACUGCUUCGGUAAAAGGUCACAAUCCUUUCGAUGCAAGGAUAUCUAGCGGAAGUUCCUGGUGUGCUCCUGUUUCGGAUGCAAAGCAUUAUCUUCAGGUGGACCUGGGAACGGUGUAUUGGUUAUUUCAUGUGAUAACGUAUGUUAAGAUCUUGUUAAACUAUGAUUAUAAGAAUUUAUGGCAUACACUAAGGGACUAUUCUUAA